AUGGAGGAGACCAAUGAGGAGGCUGCCCCGUGGUGGAUGGAGAAGGGCAAGGGCAAGGGCGCGGACAACGGCAAGGGCAUGGGCAUCUACGGCGACGAGGGUAAGGGUAAGGGCAAGGGCAAGGGCAAGGACAAGGACAAGGGCAUGGGCAUCUACGGCGACGAGGGUAAGGGCAAGGACAAUGGCAAGGACCAGGGCAAGGGCAUGGGCAAGGACAUAGGCAAGGACAAGGGCAAGGCAAAAAGCCCCAAGCAGUUGACCCUUGAGCGGCAGCAAGAGUUGAGCAGCCGCCUGGAUGCCUUUGUAUCGAGUGAAGAGCUUCAGCUGCGGAUGCCGAGCAGCAUCACUACCGCGGAGCGAAAGUACCUUCACAAGCAGGCAGCAGCGCGGGGCCUGAAGACCCAGUCCUUCAUGCCGGGCACGGCGAGAGUCAUCUGCAUCUUCAAGCAGGAGGCGCUGGGCGAGGGGACUGCCAACGCCUCCGAGGAUGACUGGGAUGGCAGGCUCUUCAAAUUGGGCUCCUGGGACCCUUGCGAGCUUCAAAAGAGUCGGCGCGACCAGAGGAGGCGAGACGGUGAACCCGGGAACCGUCCCACCAGGUGUCAAACUCACAGCACCGGUACCGGUCUACGCCUUCCAAGCAGAGGGUGGCAACUGGGUUUAUGA